ACUUUACCUAGGUUCACCACCCUGCCGGUAUGCAGACGCGCAGCUGAACAUUACGGGCCGAUGACUUAACCGAAUUCCGACCUGCGGUCAAUGCCCGUAUCGAUAGAAAGCGCCACGGCAAGAAACACGUUCAACACCGGCCCUACACCUUCAAUCCGCACGGUGUUUGCUACGUUUAAGCAGAUAAAAGAUGCACAUCCCCGUCCCGAACAGACUCAAGGGGUCACCGUUCCCGGGACGGUCGAGGACAUCAUCACCAAAGGUCGAUAUGCCCGCAUUACUUCCGCUGACCGUUCGAAUUGAGGUUAUUCAGGCUCGAGACCUCAUUGGCAAGGACAAGCAUGGGACGAGCAGCGACCCUUAUAUUGCUGGGACAAUCAAUGAUCAGAAAUUCCAGACGCAUACAAUCGACAAAACUCUCAGCCCUAAGUGGAAUGCGACUUUUGACCUACAGUUGACGGAGCAGGUGGACAAGCCGUAUGUGGUGGAGAUUACAUGCUGGGACAAGGACAGGUUUGGCAAGGACUAUCUUGGAGAACUCAAAGUUUCGCUUCACGAGGCUUUCACGGCACUUACCGGCAACCAUAUUCGACCUGACGACUCGAAAAAUCACGCACAAUGGUAUGCGCUCACCUCAUUACGAAAGAAGUCCAGAGUGUCAGGAGAAGUGCAAUUGCGUUUUUCAUUGUUCGAUCCUACCGGAAAUGCCACCACGAACGAGCAACUACUCGCUGUAUGGCAGCAAUAUUACUGGCGUUCUAUGGGCGGCGACCUCGAAGAUACCCUGAAGAAAAUACGCAGUAAUGGCUCGGCGUCAUCACGCUUGGAAGACCCAGAAGUGUACGAUGCAUACGAAGGAGUUGCUUCCGAGUCAGCAAUUGAGGACAUGGUUAGUGUUUCUGGGGAUAGCGCAGUCGAAGAGGAUGGGAAGCGCAAGAAGAAUGAGAAGAGGAAGAAGAAGAAGAAGGUUUUCGGAUUCAAUGCGGGGACACAGGACGUUCUUGGCCUGAUCUUCCUGGAAAUCAAGUCGAUUACGGAUCUUCCACCAGAGAGAAAUGUGACACGCACGGGCUUUGACAUGGACCCUUUCGUCAUUAUCUCUUUCGGCAAGAAGACGUUCCGGACGAAGAUUGUGAACCACUCCCUGAACCCUAACUUCAACGAAAAGCUGGUCUUUCAGGUGAUGAAUCACGAGAAGCAUUUUCAAAUCAACUUCAAAGUAGCGGACCGUGACAAGUUCUCGAACAAUGACUCUGUGGCAUUUGCUAUUCUGCCCGCGGAUGAGCUCAUAUCCAUUGGUCCUCAAGCUGACCAGGAAACUGGCCUCUAUGAUAUUCCAGAGCCAUUGAAGGAGGUGGACGACGACGACCUGAAACUACCUAAACCGAAGCGUGUUGGAUCUCGGUUUGGGAUGCUCAACCCCAUGUCACGCGGCAACUCCCAGGUGUCAAUGGCUACGUCCGCGGCUACGGGUGAUAAGAACGGAGGACCCGAUCCUCCGUUGCCCUCACAAGCAACCGUUCCUCCUGAUCCAGAGAAGGCUUUAGCAGCAGCAGCUGACCCGAGUGACGAAGGUUUCAUCCCCUUUGACUUGCCGUUAGACCUUGUGAGGAAGGACAAGUGGGAAGACAAGCACAGACCCGAGAUCCACAUUCGGGCCAAGUUUGUUCCAUACCCUGCGCUCCGUCAGCAGUUCUGGAGGUGUCUUUUGCGUCAGUAUGAUGCUGAUGACAGCGGCAAUAUCGACCGCGUGGAGUUGGUGACUAUGCUCGACUCGCUGGGUUCGACAUUGAAGGACAAAACCAUCAACGGUUUCUUUCGCAGGUUCAGCGAUUCUGGGUUGUACAUGAAGGAUGGAGUGACUGGCAAGCGCAUUUCACAUCCCGCCGUGGAAGAGCAGAUCACCUUCGAUCAGGCAAUUAUCUGCUUGGAGGAUAUGCUCGACCCUCAAAGGCGAGGUCCAAAUUUUGUUGCUCCCGCAUGGCCAAACUCGGGCUCAAAUACCCCCAGUUCCGAACAGGAAUCUCCCAAUAUGACUCCCGCGGCGACUACGGAUCGUGAGUCCAUGUCGGGCUACCCCUUGUCCACCGCUGUGUCGAGCCUAGAUGGCCGCACUCCCGGUGUCAGCGCGAUCGACAAUUCUAUAGCAGAUACGGAUGAAUUGGCGGACAACGAUGACAGGUCAGAGGAGCACGUUAUUGUCAUCGAGGAAUGUCCUCUUUGCCACCAGCCCCGUAUGCACAAGAAGGCCGAUGUGGAUAUCGUGACCCAUCUCGCAACUUGCGCCAGUCAGGACUGGAAGCGUGUGGAUCGCUUGGUCAUGGGUGACUUUGUCACUCCUAGCCAGGCGCAGAGGAAGUGGUAUGUGAAGGUCAUUUCGAAGGUUACGUAUGGUGGCUACAAGCUCGGGGCUAACUCGGCAAACAUUCUUGUUCAAGAUCGUUUGACAGGUUUGGUACAGGAGGAGAGGAUGAGCGUAUACGUUCGACUCGGAAUCCGCUUGCUGUACAAAGGUUUGAAGAGCAGUCGCAUGGAGUCUUCGAGGAUUCGCAAGUUGCUCAAGUCGAUGAGUGAGAAGCAGGGAAAGAAAUAUGACUCUCCCAGUUCGGCGAAGGAGAUCAGGCCAUUCAUCAAUUUUCACCAGCUGGACAUGACGGAAGUGUUGGAGCCCAUGGAGAACUUCAGGACCUUCAACCAGUUCUUCUACAGAAAGCUGAAACCAGGAGCCAGGAAGUGCACGGCGCCCGAUGAUCCUUCCAUCGCUGUUUCCCCAGCCGACUGCCGUUCUGUGGUCUUCGACAAGAUCGAGAAGGCCACCGAGAUCUGGAUCAAGGGUACCUCGUUCAGCAUCGGCAGGUUGUUCGGAGAUGCCUACCAGGAGGAGGUUAAGAACUUUGAAGGUGGAGCGAUCGGUAUCUUCCGGCUUGCACCGCAGGACUAUCACCGUUUCCAUGUACCCGUUGAUGGUGUUCUUGGCGAGCCUAAGUUGAUCAAGGGUAACUACUACACUGUCAACCCUAUGGCCAUCCGCUCGGCCUUGGAUGUGUACGGCGAGAACGUGAGAGUCGCAGUCCCUAUCGACUCUGUUGCGCAUGGUCGAGUCAUGGUCAUUUGCGUGGGUGCAAUGAUGGUCGGUAGCACAAUCAUCACAGCCAAGAAGGGUCAACAUGUGCGUCGUGUCGAUGAGCUUGGUUACUUUAAGUUCGGUGGAUCCACGCUUCUUGUCCUCUUCCAGCCCGGCAGGUUCGCCUUUGACGACGAUCUUGUCAGCAACUCGAAGUCAUCUAUUGAGACAUAUCUGCGGGUGGGUAUGAGUAUUGGUCACUUGCCUGGACAACCUUCCUAUGCUCCUACUCUUGAGAAGGAGAAUAUCACCCAGGAAGACCGCGAGGACGCAGCGAGGAGGAUUGAAGGAAGUCUCGCACCUCCUAGGAGGUCGUCGUCCAUCAAAAGCAGCAUUGAUGGCAUCACAGGUGGUAUAUCUGCUGCCAACAUUCAAUAAGUCAUAGUUCAUUGUGCAAAGAUAGCACAGCAUCUCUAGUUUUCGCACGAGGGGAAAGGUCGGAUAUCUCGGUGACUCAAGCAUAGCAUACCCAUUCAUCAGUAUUAUCACUUUCUAGGAUAACAACAC